CCGCUUCCUCAGCUGGGGUAAAAGGUUAAACUUGUCCAGCUCUGCUAAAAACGAACCAUCUCAUGACCACCAUGUUGUCUUUGGCCAUGUUUGGCCAAACCGGCGCCCGACAACUUGUGAGCAGGACUCGGGGGAGAUUUAUGAGGGACAGCAGGUGUCUGUUUACCUGUUUGCCAGAAUGUCAGUUUGUCCAAAGGACCAGACACCUGAGCCCUUCCUUUUCUUGCUCGUCCUCCUCCAAGCAUUACAGAUGCUUCAGUGCCACAGCUGCUCACUGGAACUCUUCAGCCUCACCUGCAGCCAAUCAGAAAACACCAUCAUACAGUUAUAUCAUUGUUGGAGCGGGGUCAGCAGGCUGCGUCCUAGCCAACCGCCUCACAGAGGAUGCCCAUGAGUCUGUGCUGCUGCUAGAGGCAGGGCCUAAAGACAUGUUGCUUGGUAGUUUACGACUCUCAUGGAAAAUCCACAUGCCAGCUGCACUGACCUACAACCUCUGUGAUGACAAGUAUAACUGGUAUUACCACACUUUACCUCAGGCCCACAUGGACAACCGGGUGAUGUACUGGCCGAGGGGACGUGUGUGGGGUGGGUCCUCUUCCCUCAAUGCCAUGGUAUACAUCCGUGGGCAUGCCGAAGACUACAACCGCUGGCAAAGAGAAGGGGCCGAGGGCUGGGAUUAUGAACACUGUCUGCCUUAUUUCAGAAAAGCUCAGUGCCAUGAGCUGGGAGAAGACAGGUACCGGGGAGGCAGUGGACCUCUUCAUGUGUCUAGAGGGAAGACCAACCAUCCCCUUCACAAGGCCUUUAUUGAGGCUGGUCAGCAGGCAGGAUACCCCUUCACUGAUGACAUGAAUGGACACCAACAGGAAGGGCUGGGUUGGAUGGACAUGACCAUUUAUAAAGGGAAGAGGUGGAGCACAGCCAGCGCAUACUUGAGACCUGUCCUGGGUCGACCCAACCUAAAGACGGAGGUGCACUGCCUGACAACCAAGAUCUUGUUUGAUGGCAACCGUGCUGUGGGUGUGGAAUACACACAGGAUGGACAGAAGAAGAGGGUGUUUGCAGAUAAAGAGGUGAUAUUGAGCGGAGGUGCCAUUAACUCCCCUCACCUUCUCAUGCUGUCUGGAGUGGGAAAUGCUGACGACCUGAAACAACUUGGCAUCCCUGUGGUGCAACACUUACCAGGUGUUGGCAGUAACCUGCAGGAUCAUUUGGAGCUGUAUGUCCAGCAGCAGUGUACUCAGCCCAUCUCCCUUUACAAGUCCCAGAAACCCUUCCACAUGGUCAAGAUAGGUCUAGAGUGGCUCACCAUGUUCACCGGCUAUGGAGCAACAGCCCACCUGGAGAGUGGAGGAUUCAUCCGCAGUCGGCCGCAUGUCUCACACCCUGACAUCCAGUUUCACUUCCUGCCCUCACAGGUUAUCGACCACGGACGAGUUGCCUCCAAGAUAGAGGCGUAUCAGGUUCAUGUGGGACCAAUGAGAAGCACCAGUAUCGGUUGGAUGAAGCUGAAGAGCUCCAACCCGCUGGAUCACCCGAUUCUCCAGCCAAACUACCUAUCCACUGAUAUUGACGUGUGGGAGUUCAGAGAGAGUGUUAAACUCUCCAGAGAGAUUUUUGCCCAGAAGGCCUUUGACCCAUUCCGUGGUCCCGAAGUCCAACCUGGUCAUCAGGUAGAAUCUGACGCUGACAUUGACGCUUUUGUUCGCCGAAAGGCCGACAGCGCCUACCAUCCUUCCUGCACCUGCAAGAUGGGAGCACCGUCUGACCCAAUGGCAGUUGUGGACUCGAACACACGAGUUCUGGGUGUAGAGGGGCUCCGUGUGGUCGACGCCUCCAUCAUGCCCAGCAUAGUUAGCGGCAACCUGAAUGCUCCAACCAUCAUGAUGGCAGAAAAGGCUGCUGACAUCAUCAGAUGCCGCCCUGCUCUUGUUGAUCUAGGAGUUCCAGUGUACCAACCACCAACACUUGACACGCAGAGAUGAAAAAAGGAGGAGAACAGCCUGACCUGUUCAGCAUGCAAGUAAGGGGAUGAGUUAUGAAGAGAGAUUAAAUUAGACCAUAUCCCUCUCUCUCUGUUUGCAAGUAUUUGCAUCCAUGUCUCCAUGAUAACUAAACAAAUGACAUAACGCAUCCUGGGGGAGCAUUACUAGUGGUCCACAAUCAGAUAUUAAGCAACAGUAAACAUAUUCUCUUAUUGUAUGAGUAACUUAAUAAUAUUAGCCUCUUGUCUUAUUGUACACAUGGUAACAUAUCAAAGUUAGAUGUGGUUAGUAGUAAUAAUAAUAAUGAAGUUCUAUGUGUCUUCUAAAUUGGUCUUGAAUACAGUGAGUUUUUCCUGUUUACAUCUUUUGGUGCAGUGACUGUUUUAAUCAGACAGCAGUCAUUCUGUCCCUUCCUUAUAUUAUUCAAUAAUGAUUGGUUUUAUUUUCCAUUCUAAAUUACACAUCUUUAGUGAUAUUAAAUCUAAUGUGAUGAAACGUGCAGACAUCCUGAUAACUGUUUCUUUCCCUGUGUCAUUAUUGAGCAUUUCAUAACUAAAACCAGAUGUUUACUCAGGUGUACAAAGUUAGAUUGAACUUUAAACUGUGGGACCAACACAGCCAAUACUAAAGAUAAACACAUCUAUGUUGCUUGAUUUUACUUGUAACUCUAGUGAGUCUCCAACUACAAACUUUCUCUUGCCUCAUUGUUCUAAACUUAGACAUUCUACAGUCAGCUGUGUGCUGGUGCUUCGUGAUUGUUUGCACAGUCACUGUGGAUGUAAUGGAAAAUUGUUCCUCUGAAAAUUUGAUCUUAUUUGCCUAACAUGACCUUUUUAAAUAUGAAGAAUUCAUCAGCUGUGACUUGUUUGGGUACGCUCUGACGUUACAACCCUUUACAGCUGCACAUGACCAUGGUGAAUUAAAGUCUUAUAAAAAUGUAAAUUGCGCCCUGACAUAACAUCAACCCAACCCAAACAAUGCAUUCAGUCUCCUUCCUUCCAGUUAAAACAGAUAUUUCUUUGAUAACCUUUGAGAUAAUCCCUUGUAGGGCUUCCAGAUAAAUUGAUGUGUGGUGCCCGCAGCCUGCACUAUUUGUUUUGUCUACUGAUAGGAGGAUUUGAAGCUGUGCAGUGUUUUAACACUUGUGAAUGAAACGGAGCAGAACAUAGAGCCUUACAUGGCCGUUUGUGGGCUGUAGAUUAUGAUGAUGAUGAUAACACGUCCUGAACAGGCUGAAACGAUCAAUUUGCAACAAGUUCAGGCAGUUUGUGAGUUUUUCGUGCAACAGUCGUAUGAGCAAUCCUUGCCGAAAAUAAUGAAGCAAGUUUUAGUAUGAAAAUAUAAAAAUGAUCUUGCAUGAGCCCGAUUGAAGCCUGGGUACAGACAGAGAAAUAGUCCUCAUUGCAGUCAGAAUACAAUCCUCAAUCCCACAGGAGGAUAAUUCAUAUACUCAUGUCAGGAUAACUCAAGGGCAUUAAUGGCAAUAACCCUAACCCUAAAACUUUCAAGUUCAUACUUGCCAUCCUUUUUUCCCCCCCAGCCACACUUAAAUGGCAUCCACCUUUCCCUCGAUUUUCCUGCACGCAUCAUGCAGCCAACCGGGCAUCCUUGUUUCCUGGCAACGGUCGUAAGCAAUCACACAUUGUUGACAAUAAAACUAAACAAACAGACCAUGUAACAGAACAGAAGUAAACAGGGCUUCAAGGAAGAGCUCUAAAAACUCUGAUUCAACCUCGACAAAGUUUAAAAAAAAUCUUCCCCUUAAAAAUGUUUUGCAUUGCCCUUUAAAUAUGAUUUCAUAAUGCAAUCAUAUUCCAACUUUGAUAUGUUACCCUACCAUACACAUUUGUUCUUGAUUUUAACAGUGGACACACCUUAAGAGGUACAAACAGUUAAAGGAACACUCUUCUUAAAUGUCAAAUGGCAUCAUUGCAUGUUUAGAAGAAUUUAUGAUUUUGCAGAACGGAUCCUCUCUGCCAGUUUUGUCAUGUAAAUUGGUUUGGCUGAUCUGCCAUAUGUCUUUAUCUUUGAUGUUGAGGGCUCAGGUAUUAAAACUCACAGCUUUUAGUUUACUCUUGGUUCAGACCUAGUUUUAAUAGCAGUAAAAAGCAAAGUAUAGCUCAGAAGAUCAAAUACACACAAAUCAGUCAUUUGUGUAAAUGUAUAAAUAUGUUUUAUAUGUAUUGUGGAUGUUUACAAUGAAGUAUUUGAAGAUGAUUAUGUAUAACUGAUCAGUGUAGAUUCAUACAUUGAUACAUUGGUGCCUAAAAGAUCUCAAUGUGAAUUACUGCAUAUACAGUAUAUGUGACUGAAGUGUGUUUUAGUUUGAUCCAGCCUGGAUUGAUACACAUUAAUGUUAGGUAGAUGUUAGAAUCAGCUUCAUACAUGAACACAUGAAGUAUUGAUUGAAAUGAAAUGAAUUACAUACAGUGAAUUACAAUAAUGAUACUAAUAUAAAGCUUUGCACUACACUAUGAAGUAUCUUAGCUCAGCCUCGUUACUGUGACAAUAAUUGUUUACAUUAUAUGCAGUGUUGUACAAUGUUACUUGAAUGUUGAAAUCAUUAUGUCCUAAUGAAGGAGUAUUAUAUGGAUCAUAAAGGGAAAAUCAUUCUGAAAAUUCUUACAGCUUUUAUGUUUGCAUGUUUUAGUUUUUCUGAUGAUGAUUGUAAACAAACACUAGAAGCCAUCCUGACCUUGUCCUCGUUACUUUAUUCAGUGAUUCUUACAAAAUUCUUCAGCAGUUUCAUUGUAAUUUCAGGCAGAUAUUUAAGAGAAUUGAAAUGUACAAAACAGGGUUUUUGCUUUCCGUUGGUACAAAAUCUAAAAGGUACUAGUACUUGUGCUACAAAGUAAAUACAGCUAUAUAUAUUUUUUAAAUGUUCAUACAACCAGUAGGUAGAAAGCAGAAAUGUUCAAGUUCAUCACUUAUUUUUUACAAAUACUAUACAGAUUUUAUACAUUGUUUUCAUUUCAUAAACAUUUGUAAAGCAGUGGAACAAUACAAAAAAAUAAAGCUGUCAGUUGCACAUACAACAAAGCUUCAUGUUAUUAUUUCUUGUCACUACAUUUGUUUUUGAUAAACUCUAGAUUCUAACAUAUUUGGAUCAUUGUCCUGUGAAUAAACGGCAGAUGCUUUUUUAUGGCAUGAUGUGAUCCACAAGGUUUGGUUUAAUCAAUAUAUAGAGUGGACUGUGAUGUGUGUAAAACUAAUCAGUGAUGACACUCAUUUGUUUUUCAUUUAAAAGUGUUUUUGAUCUGGACUUUAUUUAUUGAGCAGCAGUAAUAAUCUGUAUGUUUCUCAUUUCACUGCAAUCCCUGUUUCUGUGUUAAUGUGUUCUGUAACAACAUCACAUCAGACUAAAGCUUUUGUAGACGCUGAGGAAAAAACAUGGCCGACUCUUGAUCAUUUCCCAGAUGUUCUGAGAAAGGAUCACGGAUUGAUCCCAACAACAACCAGAGAUUAAAUCACAACUGUGUGAGACGCUGCAUUCUUUGGAGGUCUUUAGACUGUUGGUGCGUAGUGUGUGUAUGUAAUAUGGCUUUUGCGGUACUCUUCAUUUUGCUGCUAAGCUCAUCGGUCAACCAACCACUGAUUGCCAUAAACCAAGAAUAACUACAGAAACAAACUUAAGGUAUGUGAGCAUGUUUCACAUUAUUACCACUUUAAGUAUCUUAUUUUUCCAUUUUGGCAGCCUUCAUUACACAGUUCCCCUGACAUGUUAAUCAACACACCUGGAUAGUUACAGAGGUAAUAACAACAGAAUCUGUUACAAGUUACAAUUCACAUGCAGUUAGAAAAAUGCAUAAGUUAUAUUUGAUCAGUUGUGUUGCCCACUAAAAUCUGUGUGUGUAUAUUUAGGAAGAGAAAUGAGUGCAUCAGGUGCCAGCUCAUACCCUGCUGUGGCGUGGGUGAAAUUCAACUGUAGAUCUGUGGAGGGGUUAUCUGCAUCAGUCAUGCUCAGAUCACAUAUCUUUAACCUUUAAUUUAUAAAUGUCAAACGAAUAAGUAAAUAUCAGGAAUAAUAUUUGUAUAUUAUGUGUGUGAAUGUUUUGGUUAUAUAUUUGAAGGAGCCCUUUGAAUGCACAGGUCAUACAUUUUGUA